UCGAUGAGGCAGAGGCGCGCACUUGCCUGUGUUGACACUGGACGGAUAUGCGGCGAUGCACUUGCGUGUGACACCGUUUGCAGCGCUCUCUAAGCAACUACAGACAGAUUUCGCCUCGAAUGACAGAUUGGGAAGAGGAGGAAGUGCGACCACCAUCAGAGAAAAAAAAACGCUAUCUUUUGGUCCAUCGCGUCUGUUCGGUGGCAGCGGCCCGUCGAUUGUCAGAGGAAGCCGGGGGCUGAAUUGGAAACGUCGCAGGGAUGUGCUGAAAGCUUGAUGAUGAAAGGAGGACGAGGAGGAGAGAGGUGGAGUGAGCCCUUCCUGGCCCAGGACAGGUUUUAAUUAGACCCUCGCAAAAGCAGUGCCUGUCUGUGGUCAGGAGGUGAUGGCAGUGCUGACUGAGCUUCACCACCACUAUUACCCAUUCCUACAGAUGGACACUCCCCUCCAGCACAUCUGAGCCUGCACUCAGCGCUGCCUCCUUCCCCUCCUCUCCUUCUGCAUCUAUUCACCCCAGGUUUGAAUUUCACUGUACCUCUACAAUCUUACUUUAUUAUGGCGUGCUACGGACGCUCUCUGGACUCCCCGUGCACACUAGCCUUGCUGGUGGGCUUCCAGUUUGCCUUUGUUCUCUAUUUCUCCCUUGGGGGCUUCAGAGGCCUGGUGUCUGUCCUGGUGCACACCACAGAGCCGGAGUUUGAUUACUCUCGACCUCACGACGUCUAUACCAACCUCAGUCAUCUGGGAGUACCGCCUCCCCCGCCUCGCAACUCUGGCACUGGACUCCCUGCCACAGGACCACCGCUGAGAGACUGCCAGAUCCCUUCCCCACUGCUGGUUGGACCUGUGUCUGUCCAUCUGUCUUCUCCUCUGUCUUUGGAGGAAAUCAGACAGAGGAACCCGUUAGUGUUGCCAGGCGGACGCUACCAACCUCCAGACUGUGAGCCCCGCCACCACACGGCCAUAGUGGUACCAUACAGGAACCGGCAAACCCACCUCCGUGCCCUCCUCUACCACCUCCACCCCUUCCUGCAAAGACAGCAGAUCCACUACAGCAUCUAUAUAGUACAGCAGUGGGGAAACAGUACUUUUAACCGAGCCAAGUUGCUGAAUGUUGGGGUGCGGGAGGCCCUCAGAGAUGAAGACUGGAGCUGCAUCUUCCUGCACGAUGUUGACCUGCUGCCCGAGAAUGACCAUAACACUUACACCUGCCACAAACAGUUCCCCACGCACCUGUCCGUGGCCAUGGACAAGUUCAAAUACAGGCUGCCCUACCCACAGUAUUUUGGUGGGGUUUCUGCAGUGACCCCAGACCAGUACAUGAAGAUGAACGGCUUCCCUAACCAGUACUGGGGCUGGGGCGGAGAGGAUGAUGACAUUGCUGCCAGAGUUCGUCUGUCUGGCAUGAAGAUCAUGCGCCCUCCAGUGGCCAUUGGUCAUUACAAGAUGAUCAAGCAUAAAGGAGACAGAGGCAAUGAACAAAACCCACGCAGAUUUGACCUUCUGAAAAGGACCAGACUCAACUGGCGCUCUGACGGCCUCAACUCUCUGACCUACGAGCUCCUUUCCAGAGAGCUGGAGCCUCUCUACACCAACCUCACAGUCAACAUUGGAGAAGACCCCCGUCUGCCCCAGGGGAAAGUACCCUCCCCUGUAAAAACAACAACCCCUGUCAACCAACAUAGCACCGGCAAGACCGGAGGCACAGCCAAACAGGAGAAGAGGCAAGAGAGCAAAGUGGCAAACAUGACUGUGGUCAAGCCGGCUGGUGACCCUGCCCAGUCAAAGGCAGCAAAUCAAACAACACAGGAGAAGACAGACAUUGCAAGUCGUAAGCAACCCAUCUGCUGCCAGCAGACCUGCAGCUUCAUCCAGUUUGCUCCCAAAAAACUGCUGCUGUCAGUCCGCCCCACUACACGGUGGGUUUGUGUUUCUGUGCCUUCUCUCUUAUAUGCGCAUUUUAUAGACUGGUAUAGUUGCUUUUAGAUGCUGACCUGGGGUUAAUUUUACUCCUCGCAGGUAAAUGUUAGAAAGCAGUGAGGCAAAAGCUGAUCCUAGAUCCUGACAAAUGAUUUGUUCAAGGACUGCCGUUUUAUAUUUGUGUGCAUUGAUCAAGCGCUGACCAACUCCAUAGUUAUCAGACAAUUCUAGAGUUUAUAUUUAUAUGGAGAGACUUCUUUAUUUGUUUAUUGAUUUGUUUUACUCUCCCUUCCUUACAGUCUGGUGCCUCUCUCUCUCUCUCUCUCUCUCUCUCUCUCUCUCUCUCUCUCUCUCUCUCUGUCUUUCACUCUCUGUCUCUCUGUCUCUCUGUCUUUCUCUGACAUUUAGUUCGUAGACAAUCAAAUCAUAUGGGACAAUAACUCUGUGUCCAACCACAUAACAAAAUGAGGAAAUAUUCUCAUCACUAUCUUUACACCUGUCAGAUAAACAUAGACUUGGCAUGAUAGUUGUUGUCUAGUUUAACUAUACUCUUGAUACAUGGAUAGACUUAUGCUUCUGAUAUUAUCUGUGAUUUUAUUAUUUUUCUUUUAGAUUAGUCAGGUAUGGAAAAAAAAGCAAAUUUGCAGACAAUAUUGUAGGCACGUGACUACACAUUUACCAGUUUCAGAUUGUAUUUUAAUAAUAAAAACGGUCAUAAUAAUGAUAAAGCACUGUGUAUAGAUGUAGGUCAGCUUUUACCUAGAAGACCUGACGCCUUGACAGAGGGUCUCUGUAUAUUAUAAAAGACCAUGGUGCAUCUAAAAGCUAUAAAUGAGUGUCUGCCACACUCUGUCUUUGUUUGCUAGAGUGAAGCUUUUGUAUCUUGAAGGAAAGGAGACAAGGAAGAUAAAUAAUUUUAUUUUGAGGGCUGACAAAUCAUGUUCGUCAUUUAUGUUGACAGAUCAAUUAUCAUCUGCUUUACAUCUCUCAGACAUUCAAUUUUUUUCAUAACCAUUUGGAAUGUAUUAUUUUGAGUUGGGGAGUUUAUCAGGUGAGCUUAGUUAGUUUUUUGGAAGUGGACUUGAAUCUGAUCACUCGUAGGAUUUCUUGCUGCUAUUUGACUAGGGGAAUGGUUAACUGUAUGAUUAAUCAGCUUGAGAAAAAAAAGACAUAUUGUAACAAUAAUGUUCUGGUGUGAAGUUUUAUCAUACUCACAAGUAGUGUAUUACUUCUGCUAAUUUGAAUGUAUUUCAUUAAUUCAUUUAUUUAUUGAGUCACUGAUAGAGCUCAAUGCACAGACUUCUAAAGUGCGUAUUUAGUGUUAGCUUCUCCAUUGUAGAGCAGAUUAUUAUCUCUUUAUAUUAUGUCUCCACAUUUCUUAUGUUAACAUCGUGCCUCAUGAAAAUGCCCGUAUUACUGAAAGACAGAAGGAAUACUGCUGGGUUAUAUGUGAGCACCCUCAAGUGGCACAGUGUGGCAUAGCUCCAGCCAUGAGGAACCAAGGACUGAAUGAAACUGCAGUGUUGUGACAAGAAUGUUAAUCAUUAAUGUUGGCCAUUCACAGCUUUCAGCCAAUCAAAUCUUUGCAUUGCUCUGUGCGCAGGGUUUCUCGUUUGCGUAGUAUCACAUGAUUGAUCCUUCCAGUUUAAAGGUGUAAAGCAACUUUCUAAAUUUGACUGGUUUACGGAACCUAUGGUGGCUGGUAGUGUUAAUGAAUGGAUAUAGUUUUAUAGAAGUAAUCUGUUUAUUUAUGAUACAAUAUUACCUUUUUUAAACAAAGAGUGCUGUACAAACCGGUUGUCUUGACAGAGUACAUUGAGAGAUAAUUAAGCCCAAUUUCUUAGCUUCAUACUACAUGGUAGUUUAGUUGCAUAUCAAUAGAUAAUAUAUCCUCCAUAUAUCAUAUUGCCUCGGACAAUGCCUGUAUGACAUAAAGCAGUGACACACUGAAAGCUUUUAAGGACGUUAUGUAAUCUCAGCAGAUUAAUCAACAUACUGUGUGCUUACCUGGAGAUUGUUCUAUAUUUAAUAAAUAGACUAGUUUUUAUAAAGGAUGUUUUCGCAUAAGUGUUGGAAAUAUAUACUGUGUAGUUGAAUGCAAAUUCAGUAAACAGGAUUGGGACUUCAUGGCAACAUUUUUUGUAUUUUAAAGAGUUAAUUUAAUCAUGAGUUCAUUCUGUGAUUACCGAAAGAUGGGAUGUUUAUGUAUUCGUGGCAAAUGAGACGUAAUUAAUACAUUACAUGGUAUUUGCAUCAUGCGAUCAUACCUGUCGUUAUCUUAGGUUGCCUUAUUUAAUGACCUUGUCUUGUAGAUGACAGAUCAUGUGUGUGUGUGUGUGUGUGUGUGUGUGUGUGUGUGUGUGUGUGUGUGUGUGCUUAGUGCAGAGAGCAAGGUCAUCAAAAAAGGCAACAGAAGCAGUAAACUAUAAUGGACAGU